GUGAGCGAGCUGGCUCCUUACUGGGGGCACUGACUCCGAGCCCGGCUUGCUACGAGAUGGAGCCUUGCCGAGCUCCUCUGUGUUCUCCGGGUGGGCACUCCGGAGAGCGAGUCCCGGGCUCCUGACCCCGGGAGGCGGCGGCAGGAUGACCCUGAGCCUGGUGUCCCUGCUGUCCCAGGACCUCACAGCCCUGUGGCUCCUCCUCAAGACCAGCACAGAUGAAAUCAUGCACCAGGACAUCGUCCCGCUCUGCGCCGCCGACAUCCAGGAGCAGCUGAGGAAGCGCUUCGCGUACCUGUCUGGUGGGCGGGCCCGGGACGGAAGCCCGGUCAUCACCUUCCCCGACUACCCGGCCUUCAGCGAGGUCCCAGACGCGGAGUUCCAGAACGUCAUGACCUAUCUCACCAGCACCCCCAGCUUGCAGGAUGCCGGCGUCGGCUUCAUCCUGGUCAUAGACCGGAGGCAGGACAGAUGGACCUCCGUGAAGGCCUCGGUCCUGCGCAUCGCGGCCUCUUUCCCCGCAAACCUGCAGUUGGUCCUCGUUCUGCGCCCAACGGGGUUCUUCCAGAGGACUCUGUCAGACAUCGCCUUCAAGUUCCAUAGGGAUGACUUUAAGAUGAAGGUGCCGGUCAUCAUGCUGAGCUCCGUCCCAGAGCUGCACAGCUACAUCGAUAAGUCCCAGCUGACCGAGGACCUCGGCGGGACCCUGGACUACUGCCACGCCCGCUGGCUGUGCCACCGCACGGCCAUCGAAGGCUUCGCCGUCCUGGUCAAGCAGACGGCACAGAUGCUGCAGACCUUCGGAAUGGAGCUGGCCGAGACGGAGCUGCCCAACGACGUGUCAUCCACCAGCUCGGUGCUCUGCGCCCACGCGGAGAAGAAGAACAAGGCCAAGGAGGACCUGCAGCUGGCGCUGAGGGAGGGGCACAGCAUCCUGAAGAGCAUCGGGGAGCCGCUGGCCGAGAGCGCGGAGCAUGGCAUCAACCAGGACCAGCUGGACAACCAGGCCACUGUGCAGAGGCUCCUGGCCCAGCUGGACGAAACUGAGGCUGCCUUUGAUGAGUUUUGGGCAAAACAUCAGCAAAAACUCGAACAGUGCCUGCAGCUCCGGCACUUUGAGCAGGGGUUCCGAGAGGUCAAAGCCACCCUGGACGUGGUGUCCCAGAAGAUCAGCACCUUCACUGACGUGGGCAACAGCCUGGCGCACGUGGGGCACCUGCUGAAGGACCUCGGCAGCUUCGAGGAGAAGUCCAGCGUGGCUGUGGACAGGGCCCGGGCGCUAUCGCUGGAGGGUGAGAAGCUGAUCGAGGACAGGCACUACGCCGUCGACUCCAUCCGGCCCAAGUGCCAGGAGCUCCGGCACAUCUGCGACCACUUUGCCGCGGAGAUCGGCCGGCGGCGGGAGCUGCUGGGCCGGUCCCUGGAGCUGCACGGCCUCCUGGAGACGUCCAUGAGGUGGUGCGAUGAGGGCAUCUUCCUGCUGGCCUCACAGCCAGUGGACAAGUGCCAGUCCCAAGAUGGCGCCGAGGCAGCCCUCCAGGAGAUCGAGAAGUUCCUGGAGACGGGGGCCGAGAAUAAGCUCCAGGAGCUCAGCAGCAUUUACACUGAGUACCAGUCCAUUCUCACCCCAGACCUCAGGGAGCAUGUGCAGAAGGUCUUCCAGAAGCAGGAGAGCACAGAGCAGAUGUUCCACCGCAGGAAGGCCAGCCUGAGGAAGCUGGCAGCCAAGCAGACACGGCCUGUGCAGCCCGUGGCCCCUCGGCCGGAGGCGCUCACCAAGUCGCCCUGCCCCUCCCCGGGUGGCUGGCGUGGGACUGAGUACCCCAGCUCUGAGGGCAGUGCGCUCCGGAGAGGGCCCUACCGGAGGGCCAAGAGUGAGGUGAGUGACGGGCCGACCCGGAGCAGCUCGGCAGGAGACGAGGAGGAGAGCCUGGCCAUCCUGCGGAGGCACGUGAUGAAUGAGCUCCUGGACACUGAGCGUGCCUACGUGGAGGAGCUGCUGUGCGUGCUCGAGGGCUACGCAGCAGAGAUGGAGAACCCCCUAAUGGCACACCUCAUCCCCUCAGGCCUUCACAACAAGAAGGGGGUUCUGUUCGGCAACAUGGAAGAGAUCUACCACUUCCACCACAGGGUCUUCCUGAGGGAGCUGGAGAGCUACCUGGACUGUCCGGAGCUGGUCGGGAGGUGCUUCCUGGAGAGGAUGGAGGACUUCCAGAUCUACGAGAGGUACUGCCAGAACAAGCCGCGCUCCGAGAGCCUGUGGAGACAGUGCUCCGACUGCCCCUUCUUCCAGUGCCAGAGGAAGCUGUACCACAAGCUGGGCCUGGACUCGUACCUGCUGAAGCCGGUGCAGAGGGUCACCAAGUACCAACUGCUACUCAAGGAGAUGCUGAAGUACAGCAAGAACUGCGAGGGUGCCGAGGACCUGCAGGAGGCGCUCAGCUCCAUCCUGGGCAUCCUCAAGGCCGUGAACGACUCCAUGCACCUCAUCGCCAUCACCGGCUAUGACGGCAACCUCAGCGACCUAGGCAAGCUGCUGAUGCAGGGCUCGUUCAGCGUGUGGACGGACCACAAGCGAGGGCACACCAAGGUGAAGGAGCUGGCCCGGUUCAAGCCCAUGCAACGGCACCUGUUUCUGCAUGAGAAGGCCGUGCUCUUCUGCAAGAAGAGGGAGGAGAGCGGGGAGGGCUACGAGAAGGCGCCUUCCUACAGCUACAAGCAGUCGCUGAAUAUGACAGCCGUGGGCAUCACGGAGAACGUGAAGGGGGACCUGAAGAAGUUUGAGAUCUGGUACAAUGCCAGGGAGGAGGUGUACAUCAUCCAGGCACCAACCCCCGAGGUGAAAGCGGCGUGGGUGAGCGAGAUUCGGAAGGUGCUGACCAGCCAGCUGCGGGCCUGCCGAGAAGCCAGCCAGCACCGUGCGCUGGAGCAGUCGCAGAGCCUGCCUCUGCCCGCGGCGCCGGGCGCCAGUCCCUCCAAAGGAAACACCAGAAAGCUAGAGGAGAGGAGGACCGGCCCCCUGAGCCCGGAAGGAUGUGGGUGCCCAGCGUCCUUGCCCAAGCCCGCCGAGAAGGGCAGAGAUGACGCUGGCAUGAGCUCGACCUCGGAGAGCUCUGCACUUCCCAGGAAGCGCUUCACGCUGCAGGGCCUCGCCAACCUCAAAGGCCAGAGAGCUUCUCCUACCAGUCCUGACAAAAAAGCCAAGCGGCACGAAGUAAAGAGCGACCCCACUCCCUUCGGGUUACGAGGCUGGAGCAAAGCAGCUCACUCCCCAGAGGCCCCCGAGGAGGACGGAGGCUGGUCAAGUGCCGAGGACCCGGUCACCUCGUCCGACGCGGAGGACGACUGCCUGGGCCCAGAGAAGCUGGUUCCAGGCAAAUACACGGUGCUGCUAGACGAGGAGAAGGGCGGCCCCGAUGCCCUGCUCGUGCGGAGCGGGGACGUGGUGGAGGUGGUGCAGGAGGGCGAGGAGGGCCUCUGGCUCGUCAGGGACCUGACCAGCAGCACGGAGCCUUGGUUCCCGGCCAGCAGCCUGUGCACCCUGCUCAGCAAGUCCAGCUCGGCUCAGGGCCUGAGCAGCUCAGAGUCGAGCCCGGGGUCAGUGCUGAGCAACUCCUCCAGCUGCAGCGAGGGCAGCCACGCGCCCCUCUCCGACCUGCAGGGCUAGCACCAGCUGCCUCCCGGGACAGAGGUGUGUGCUGGGACCGGCACGCAAGUGUCGGAGUGUCCUGUGGCCCUGCUUAAUUGGAGGGGGACAACGCAGCGGGGACAUCCCGAAAUAUUACCACGGGCGCGAGCCACCUGGUGCUGUGAAGGCUGCUCGCACGGGCCCCGAGCCACUCCCGGAAGAC